UCUUAAAUCAAAUUUAAAAACAAUUUUUUUAAAAGUGUAAUUUUUUUCAAGAUAUAUUUGUGUAUCUUUUCCCACUGAAUGAAAUUUUAUUAAAAUAAUAGCAAAGUAUCUCUAGCUGAAGAUGUCGUCUAAAGAAGUCCCUGGAAACACGAAAAAAGUGGUUACAGAAAUGAUAACACCCCACAAAAUAACUGUUAGCAUUCUUAUUCGAAAUUUCUGCACCUUUAGGGACGUCGAAAAGGGGCAUGAAGAUCAAAUAUUGAUGUGUAAGUACAGGCGAGAUUUUUGCGUCUUGAGUUUACGAUUAUUACAAAGCCCGGAUUUGUCUCUUUACGAACUAAGAGGACUUUUGACUUCCAAGAAGUACGUUAUACCAGAAACGUUAAUAGAAUCUUUUGAUCAAGCUUUAUCUACUUUAAAUGAAGAGGGUAUUGGAAAUUUGUUGGACAAUGUCGAUAUUUUGGUUAAGAUUAUGAAUAGAUCCGAUGAUCAUUUGAAUACUAGCGGUAGCGUGAUUGCUAAAUCUAGUAUCGUAGGUUAUUAUUUAAGAAGGUUCAUAGUUUACUUUGAUAAACUGACAUUUUCGGAAGUAACUAAAGUGUAUGAGGAUUUUCAAGGGUAUUAUGAAGAGUUACAGAAAAUGUCAAAAUUUGCUAAGGCUAAUGAUGAAAAAAAUGUAGAUACUUGGUUUGAUGGUAGAGAACAGUGGUCUAGACGACAGGCAGAAUUAUUUAUAGCAACACAAGCAACUUUACUAUCAAAUAAUGAAGGAAAGGCUUUAUCACCUCCUGAAUUGCAAAAAAGAAUUAACAAUAUAUUAAAAUCAAAUCCAGAUUUAUCAGGAGCUCAUUUCAUAUCAUAUUUGAACUAUUUACGUGUUGAUGAAUAUUGUGGAGCCAUUGAUAGCCUUCUUCACUGCUUUGACAGGAAUGUGGAUCCUGAUGUAAAGUGUUAUAAUGACGAAAAAAGCAAAAGGCAUCGAUUUGCAGCUCUAAAUUUGGCUAUUCUACACUACCACUUUGGACAUACAGAAGAGGCUUUGGCUGCCCUAAAAGAAUCAAUAAAAAUUUCUCAAGAGGCGAACGAUAACAUUUGUCUUCAGCACGCCCUCUCGUGGCUGUAUCGUUUGACUACCGUUAACGAAGACAAGCUCAUCAUUCACUGUAUAUUAAAAAGUUCCGAGCUAAGUCUGAGUUACACAGCCUCGUUGGGCUUGCAGACUUUCGGACAAUAUGGGUGUUUGCAUACUGGAAAAACUUACGCCAUAUUUGAGACAUUGGCAAAGAGUGACAUGAUCAAUUGCCAGCACAACUACAAGGAUCUGAUUUCUAACAACUACUCGAUGAAAUCCUCCUUGUGGCAACUAUAUGGCAAAACGGAAAUGUCAUCUUUGUGGAGCCAGCUGUUGCUCUACCAAAACAUGGACUCUGUAAGCUCCAGUAAAGCUUUUUACGGUGAAGGUUUCUGCUUGGCCGUUUGUAACAUCGCUAAUCACUUACUGGUUGAAGGUGAUUACGCUUUAGUUAAUUGCGUCCUUAGUUUCGCGAAAAGACGAUUUCCAAACGAACCGCAAAGCCACGUGUGGAUGCUGUGCGAAAACGUGUUCGUCUUCACCAGAUCGUUGUACCAUGAGAAAUGGGGCGAAGCUGAAGCGGCCGCUCAGAAAAUACUGGUUCUGGACAAAUGGGAGGGUUAUUUGAGAUUGGCCGAGGUGUAUUUCUAUAAAAGGGAUUACGUGGAAGCCGAUAAUUGCGUCGAAAUUUUAUUGAACCAGUACGAGAAUGAUAAUGCUUAUAAAUUUAGCGAUAGAUAUUACUACGUUCGAGCGAAGAUUCUGAAGAUGGAAAUUCAGUUCGCGAUGUCCUAUCCAGACAAUAUUCCUCCGGGAAUUAUAACGACUCUAAAUAACUGCCUUUUUGAAUCGCAAAGUUCUCAAUUGGACUAUCAAACUGCUUUGAUUCAUUUGCAAUUGGCCAAUUGCAUGUUGCAUAUGGGAUUGACUGGACAAGCGUUGGGCGUCUUGGAUAAAUGUCUAGUACAGAUUUUGGGACAUGGAGGUUGUUAUGACAGAGCUAGGGCAACGUUACUGUACGCUAAAUGUUUGAUAGCCGAUUCUAGUAAGUUGGAAAACGAAGCCAGAGGAAAAGUUGUGAUAAAAUGCGCUCAUAUGUUAGAAAAAGUCAAGGAACAAUUUAGGAGAGUUGAGGCCUUCUAUAGAGUGAAAGACGUUCUAUUUUUACAGAGUCAGCUUUAUAAUUGGGUAAAUAUGAAGAGUGAGAGAAACAGAUGUGCUUUGGAGUACCGUCUGUUGGAUGAAGAAUAUACAACGAAAAAUGUAUAUACGUUAGUUAAAUAUGUGUAAUUUAAUUAAGUUUAUAUAUACGAUUAUUUAUUAUAGUUUUUGUAUGAAAUAAAGCCGUCUGCAUGUUUUUUUUUU